AUGGACCAACAACGCGCAGCGUCAUCCGAACGUUCCGCAUACAAUACAGGACGCUACGAUGGGAAAUCGCUCAUAUCCAAACCGAUCCGUAAUUCGUCCUGUACGAUUCCGAACGAACUGCUGGAGUUUGACUACUCGUACGGAUACGACUGCAAACGCUACUUUAAUCUGUGCAAAAUUGCUGAAAACGUGCUGGUGUUUGCAUCGGGAAAUCUGAUUCAUUUCUUCGACGUGGCAACACGUACCGUCACGACACGCCGCAGCUCCACCGGUGGUGGAAUCGGCUGCCUUACGACCAACCCGUGUGAAGAGUUUGUGCAUCUCACUGUCGGCGAGAAUGGGCUCGAUCCGCCCAUCAUCAUUUACCAGUAUCCUGAGAUGACCGUGGUUAAUCUGCUGGCUGGUGGUACGACGAGUGGCUAUUCCCGCAUUGACUACACCGUCGACGGUAAGCUGCUAAUAUCGCAAGGCAUCGAGCCGGACUAUAUGCUCACGGUGUGGAAUUGGGGCGAGGGCGAAAUAAUUCUGCGCUGCAAAUCCUUCUCCAACGAUGUGCUGAACGUGAUGUUCUCGCCGAGUGUUCCGGGACACAUCACCACAUGCGGUCUUGGGCAUAUUAAAUUCUGGAAGAUGUCUAGCACGUUCACCGGAUUGAAGCUCCAGGGAGAGCUGGGGCGUUUCGGCAAGACCGAGAUAUCAGACAUUGUGGGUAUUUUGCCGCUGCCCGACGAGAAAGUGCUUUCCGGCUGCCAGUGGGGCAACGUGCUGGUGUGGGAGGCCGGUUUGAUCAAGUUGGAGGUAUGCCGGAAAGCCCGCAAACCUUGCCACGACGGUCCGAUUACGCAAAUUCUUAUGCGCGAUGGCGAAGUCAUGACUGCCGGGCUGGAUGGUCGCAUCAGGGUGUGGUUCUGGGAAACGGUGGAGCUGGCCGAUCCACCCGACGAUGAUCGGUUUGUGGAGAUUGAGCCGAUCAUGGAGUUUAGGAUCGGGGCGGAGCUUAUGUGUUUGGUGCGCCGGCACGGUGACUUCCAGUGGUAUGCCCAGGAUGGAAGUGGUGGCAUCUGGUUGUGUGAUCUCACCCCGGCGCACCACACUGAACCUCCGCAACAGCUGUUCAAGUGUCACGCCGGUGCAAUCGUAUCCGUGCAGGCCAGCCCUGUCUCCAGCCAUGUGGCGACGCUCGGUGUGGACGGGAUGCUAUGUGUCUAUGAGUACGGAAAGCGGGAACUCCUGCUCAGCCAUCGGUUCCAGUGUGCCGGCCAAACGAUGAUCUGGUUACCACCGACGCUUGAUCCAACCGGUGCCAUCCUGGUGCUUGGCUUUGCUGAUGGAUUUCUUCGUACGGUCGCGAUCAAUCUUCACGAGGGGCAUCUUUCAUACCCGGAGAAUCGAGUUAAUCUCAUACAGCUGCUGAAACCACACUCGCAACCGGUCACCGCACUGGGGCUAAACAUUCGUGAAACUAUUCUCGUGUCCGGAUCGGAAGAUAAGACGAUCUUCGUGCACCGGUGCGUGCAGGGCAACCCUCACGUGACGCUGGAACCGAUCGGACUGGUUUAUACACCGUCUGCCGUCUCCUCGUUAAGCUGGAAGCCGGACACCUCCGCCACUGCUCUCGUCGGCUGCAGACACGGGCAGCUGCUGGAGGUGGAGCUACCGGAGACACCGGUGGAUUACACGACCAUCUCGUACCAUCUACGGCACGUGGAGAUCAGACAACUUACCUUUCAGUCGGUUAAGUCGGAGAUUAAGCGUAAUCUGCGCGUUGCCGAGAUUGAGAAACGGAAGCAGGAGAAACGGGCCAAAAAGCAGCAAACGCUGGAGCGUCUGCGGAUCGAGAAUCCGAAGGCAGAAAUCAACGAAGAAGCCUUCCUGGCCGAUUCGGACGAAGAGGAAGAGCUGGAACCACUGUACAUUCCCAAGGUGCCCAAUUCCGUACUGUGGGCCCGGUAUACGGACGACGAUACGCUGUGGCUGUCAAUGGGAGGUUAUGACGCUGGCUACGUCUACGAGUAUGGCUUUGAUGAUGAGGAUCCCCUAUCGUGCACGCUUAUCCCUGAUCUGGAGGAUGUCGAGAUGACGUGCUACCUGAGAGACACUAACUACACCAUUUUCGGUACCGGUGACGGUGCGAUAAGAGUUAACCGAACAAAGCGUGAUUUCCGCGAUCUCAGCGAUUAUUGGACGCUGCCGAUGCAUGAUAAUCGCACGGGACGAAUUACCGCGCUCGCCUUUAGUUACGAUUUUUCGCACAUCUUCAGCGUCGGUGCGGACGGGAAUCUGUUCGCGUAUCGCUGGUACGGUGAGGGCGAACCCUACCAAGCCGUACCGCCCAAACCGCUGGAAAAAUCCGUCAAGCGUGUGUUCGACAUCGACGAGCGGGACUAUCCAUCGCUCGAGGAACAGAAAGCAAAGCAGGAGCGUGAUCGGUUGGCGAAGAUCGUGUCCGAUCGCAAGGAGCGCGUGUUGCGGACGGUUGCCGAGCAUCGGCAGCGCUUCGAGGCACUGCUCGAGCGUAACCGGGCCGUGCCGGAAGCGUUCCGUAUUCCGGUGACGGAUUUUGUGCUAGACGAACGCAUAAUGGACGAUUUGCGCCAGCAGCUAGAGGGCGAAUUGGGUCUGGUGCACCGCAAAAUGGCGUUCGAUGUGGAGAAGGUUCGCAUUGCGGCUGAUAAGCUGCAGCGUUUCUUUCUCGAGCCGCUGGAGAGCUAUCCGGUUGAGGUGCUGGCAGUAGGGAGCGGACAGUCGGUGAAAAGUUUUCGUAUCGAGAAGCUUGAUGAUGAUUAUUUUCAAAUCGUAGAGCAGGUGGAGAAAUUGGUUGCAGAGGAGGCGGAACGUAAACGCCGCUUCAUUGAGCUGUGCAAAACUCCAGAGGACAGAAUUCCCGAGGCAUCUUCCACCAAACGGAAAGAUCGCCGAAAAGACUCGCAGCUGCAGCGUAAGGAAUCGUUCCUCGAAGGAUUGUCCCAAUCAACGAUCGAUUUUAAGCUUGAGAGCAAAAUGCGACGCUUGCUGUCCAAGUAUCGGGACCGAAAGAACCAAGAAACGAUACGUCAGCAUGAGUGGGAAGAACAUAAAGCCUCCAAACCGGACCCGAACGCAAACGAUCCGGCAGAUGAUCUAGCCAUCAAGGAAGCGGCUGGAUCGAUCGGUGAUUAUAAUCUGAAAAGCGAUCCCGAUUACGAGCCCACCGAGGAGCGGGUGGAAACUGCAACGGGCAAAUACCACGAGCUGUUGCGUGUGCGGCAAGAGAUGUUCACCUUGCGCAAGGAUUACAACGCGCGGGUGUUUGCGCUGCGCGAGAAGAAGGUUGCUCUGAUGCGAUACAUGGCGAAGCAAAGGGCGAAGCUGAAACAAAUUCACGCGGAAAUUCCGGAGGAAAAAUGGAAACAAUUUCCGCUGGACGUUACGCUGGAUUUGGCCGUGGAAUACGCGGAUGAUCAGUACAAGUUUGAGGUGGAUCGGCAUAACUUUAGUGCUGGGCACGACUUCCAACUUCAGCAACGAACGCCACAUAACCAUGACAUGGUGCUGAAGGAAGUGCUGGGAUUAACGCUUCCGGCAGAUGAGCAAGCCAAACUGACUUUAAGCAAGCACGAAAGGGAGCUGCGCGAGUUACGUCUGAUCCGAAAACUGUUCAAGCAGGACAAAAUCAUCGACAAGGCAACGAAGCGCAUCGAGCAGUUCGAUCGCGAGCUGGAAAAGUUGGCCCAGGAGCGGUUGCAGGUCGAAACGGAUGCAAAGUUGUUGGAGAACUUUCAACUAACGCUCUACCAGGAACUCUGGAUACUGAAGGACUUCAGCAAGAUCGAAACCGACGUGCUGAACGGUGUGGAACAGGUGACAAUCGAGCGGAACGAGUUGCUGCAGGCAGUUCAUGAUGCACGCUUGGCGAUCGAGCAGAUAGAGCUCGAGAUGGAACAAAUACAGCGCGAACAGCGCUCGAACCUGCAGCGCUUCAACUCCAGCUGUCUGGAUAACGAGUUUGCCAAGGUGAUGAAGCGCAUCUACAAGAAGAAGUUCAAGCCAUGCAAAAUCAACGACAACGAUUCGGACUCCUCUUCCGAGUAUUCGUCGGAAGAUAUAGACGGGUUGGAGAAUGCGAACGACGCCGAGGUUAGCAAGGUGUUUCUCGACCUUGGCCAAUGUCCAGCGGGAUGUGAUGCGGACAUCUACAACCUAGCCGUCCAGUUGCGCAACGAGAAGCUCGAGCUGCAGCGCCGUCACUAUGCGGAAGAACGCACGCUGAAGGAAGUGCAUCGGCAGCUGGAACACUUGAAGCCCAGCCUGGCCGAUGCGGAAACCCGGCUCAGACAGCGCAACGGUGAGCUGCUGGAGCUUCGGCGCGAGAAACAAAGGCGCCUGAACGACAUCGAUACGCUAGUCAUAGUGAAAAUGGACCAAAUGCAGUACUUUCGCAUCGAGACGGAGUUCCACGAUGUGGAGCACAGCUUGCUGUUCAACCGGGAAGCGUUACUCAAGCUGUACGCACGCGUCGAUCAACUGGCGGCGGAAACGCUCGAGACCAAGCGCAGGCACCGGGUGAAUGUGGUGCAUCUCGCACGCAUGAAGACGGACAUCAAAUUCAUGCGGCAGCAGUUGGUGUCGCUGAAGGAGGAGAUCAACGAGACGAUGAUGAAGAAGUUUGGGCGCGUGAUCGAUUUGGACGAGCUGGAGGAGACGAUACUGCGCCAGUACACGUUUGAGAUGAGGGCCAAUCUGGACGAUGUGAAGAAAACCUACGAGGAGCGUUCACGUGAGCUGAAGAAAUUGUACGCCAACAAGCAGGAGGAGUUGAAGAAAGUCAUACAGGAGGGGACGGAGAAGCUGCACAUUCUUACCGUGCUGCAGGAGGAGUACAACAAUCUGGUAAAAGCUCUCGCCCAUCAGAAGAUUCUGUUGGAGCGUCGUAACCAACCUCCACCAACGUACUCGGAGGACCUCAGCAAGCUGCGCGAAAUCGCCAAGAUCCAGAAGGAACAGAUCAACACGCUGCAGCGCGAGAUCCGUACGCUCAGCAUGAAGUGCAAACCGCUGUCGGCGGAGAGCCCGGACGUGGAGAUCACAAUACCACCACCGGUGUGCGGGAAACCUGCCCCAGUGGCAGACGAAUCUGUCUACAAUGCCGUCAUGGACUCGGCACCGCCCAGCACCCGGGCCAGCUCACCGGACAACUUCCUCUACAACGAGAUCUCUAGCCUGAUCGAUGAUUUUCUGGUGGAGCAGCUCGGUUCGCGCGUGCUGCAGUCCGACAUCAAGCGCGUGGUUAACCACCUGGCCCACUAUCUGUCCAACAUCAUACACAACUUCGCACCCGAGCACGCAUCCGACCUGUUGCCGCACAUCAUCGAAAACUUCAAAUCAUUCAUCCCGGAGGAGCUGCUGAUAACCAUCCCGCCGCAGGCUAUUGCCGAGCUGAUCGAGAGCAUCUUUCGCACGUUCAAGGAGGGUUACGAUAUCGACACGAAGGAAAUACUCGGCGAGAUUGUUAGCAACAGCCUCGAGAUGAUCUUCCCGGCAUCCCAGAACUACUCGCACAACAUACUGGUGGACAUCAUGAAGCAGGUGUUGGCCACCCUGCACAUUGCGGACGUGAACCAUCCGGACACGAUCGCUUUUAUUGCCAACGGCAUACGCCACAAGCCGGGCAUCGAUCCGGACGGUGUGAACGUGGAGUUGAUGUGCGAGGAGAUCCUGCUGUACGCACAGGAAAAUACGGUCGAUGAGAUCGGGGUGGAUUUGGUACGGGGUGUAAUCGAGGGCAUUCUACAGUGCGUUCGCGAGCAAUAA